AUGAUCAGUCGCUUGUUUCAAGUCGGAACGUAAUUCGUGGUGGACGCACCGGAAGUGUGAGCAGCUUUCAUUGGAGCGAAGUUGGCAACGUUAACUUCACCAAUCAAUCUUGAAAAUGACGGACCGCUACAACAUCCACAGCCAGCUAGAGCACCUCCAGUCCAAGUACAUCGGCACCGGCCAUGCCGACACCAGCAAGUGGGAAUGGCUGGUGAACCAGCACCGAGACUCGCACUGCUCCUACAUGGGCCACUUCGACCUGCUCAACUACUUCUCCGUGGCCGAGAACGAGAGCAAAGCCCGAGUCCGCUUCAACCUGAUGGAGAAGAUGCUCCAGCCUUGUGGACCGCCCGCAGACAAGCCGGACGAUGCCUGAUUGGAGACACCUGAUUCCUGCCUUUU